UCCCUCAGUCUCAUAUAUCCUCAUCCAACACAUCACACACUCAAAACAUACUCCAAAUAUAUAUCCACAAUAAAAAUAAUGUCUUCCUUUCGACCAAUUUUCGCCGUACUCAUGGCGAUUGCUUGUAUGUCAAACAUCUUACUAGUCGUGGCUCAAAAUUGUGGGUGUGGUGACGGUGUAUGUUGUAGCCAAUGGGGUUACUGCGGCAACACCGACCCAUACUGUGGCGAGGGAUGCCGUGAAGGUCCUUGCAGCGGCGGAAGUAGCGGCGGCGGUGGUGGUGGUAGUGGCGGUGGUGGUUCGAUCUCUGAUAUGGUGACAGAUGCGUUCUUUAAUGGGAUCAUCGACCAAGCAAGCUCUAGUUGUGCUGGUAAGAACUUCUAUAGUCGGUCUUCUUUCUUGGAUGCUCUCAAUUUCUACCCUGAGUUUGGGACUGGAGGAUCUGAUGAUGAUACUAAGCGUGAAGUUGCUGCCUUCUUUGCUCAUGUCACCCAUGAAACUGGACAUUUUUGCUAUAUAGAAGAAAUCGCAAAAUCAACAUAUUGUCAAGCAAGCACAGAGUUCCCAUGCAACCCAGACAAACAAUACUUUGGUAGAGGACCAAUUCAAAUAACAUGGAACUACAACUACGGACCAGCUGGUCAAAGCAUUGGCUUUGAUGGUUUAAAUUCACCAGAAACUGUUGCUAGUGAUCCCAUUAUCGCCUUCCGAACCGCCUUUUGGUUUUGGAUGAACAAUGUUCACUCUCGUAUUAUUUCUGGCCAAGGGUUCGCCUCCACGAUUCGAGCUAUCAACGGUGGUGAGUGUGGUGGCGGGAAUACCCCCGCCGUUAACGCUCGUGUUGGGUACUACACUGAUUAUUGUAGUCAGAUUGGUGUUUCACCUGGUGAUAACCUUUCUUGCUAGUCAUAAAAUUAAUUAACUUACUCUAUCUAUCAUCUAUGUAAUAAAAAGUAAACUCAUAUCAGUAGCUAAUGUACGUCUUGUAUUGUAUUGUAUACUACGUACUUGUUUUUUAUUUCUCCUUUCGUACGGAGUAUUUAAUAAAAGAGAUAUAGCUCUCCCUCCAUCUUAA